CCGGGAUGCGGAAGUGGCGUAAAAAACUGUUUACUUUCAAUGGCGUAAAUACAUGCGACGACAUUUAAUUCUAUAGUUGGUAGAGGAACCGUCAUGUGUUCUAAAGAGGAUUUAGAGAAGAUUGAUGCGAUAUUGGCCCUUGUCCGGGCAGUAGCGGCGAAGCGUGGCCCGCAGUGGCUCAUAGAGCUCUUUGGGUCGCAUAUAACUGGACUUCAAGUUGGCAGACACGGUACUCCAGUCACCGGAGUACAGGAUGAUGAGACACUGUGCCAAGAAGCAGAACAGCGAGGCGGGGAUACCGUGGAAGAUGAUAAUGUGGACAAAUCUAAAAAGAUAGACAGUGAAGGUGAAUUUGCAACGGAGGAGAUAACCAUCACCCAUGAUAUUGAUUUGAAUCUCAGCAAGAAAGUACUGGAGGAUCAACAAACAGACAUAACUGAAGGAACAGGACAUUCUAGCCUUCAAUGCAAAGAUACAUCUGACUGUAUACAUGGAUCAAAAGAACAGAUUAGCUCAGGGUUGAUCAGUGAAUGUGAAAGGAAAAGUUCUGUCCGAAAGCGUUCUGUAAUCUCCUCCUCUAGCUCCAGCAGCAGUGGUCCCAGACGCUCAGUAAAGAAGGGUCAAUAUUAUUCCAGAAAUGACAGGAAGUGUUCUCGCAGUAGAAGGCGUUCUCGCAGUAGAAGGCGUUCUUGCAGUAGAAGACGUUCCCGCAGUAGAAGGCGUUCCAGCAGUAGAAGGAUUUCACGCAGUAGAAGGCGUUCUUGCAGUAGAAGGCGUUCUGGCAGUAGAAGGCGCUCACGCAGUAGAAGGCGUUCCCGCAGUAGAAAUCAUUCUCUCAGCAGACGGCGUUCUCACAGCAGAUGUAGAUCAGACAGCAGAAAAGCCCACAGCAGGUCUAACCAGAGACAUUCUGUCAGAACGAGGAAUCAGAGAUCUUCCAGCAGUUGGAGUUCUUCAAGAAGUCGAUCUUGUAGCAGUCAGAGUUCUCGUGGAAGAGAUGGUAAGAGAGCACGUGGUAGGACUAAGGGUCUCCAUCUGGAGACGCAGAAUAGCAAAUCAUCAGAGAGCAAAACAUCACGAUCUCUGCUUUUGAACCAGACGGUUAAUGCCAAGAAACCACAAAUAGAAGAAGAUGUGGCUGCAAAAGAAGCACAACAACAUGCAAUUUUGCAAGAUUUUGGUUACUCGCCUAUUAUUUAUCAUUCAGAACAGCUAGCUGAAAUCAGAGCAUCACAUAAUGCAAAUGAUGUGGCUUCAAAAGAUAGCCUGACUGGUUUGGCUUUAAGAGAACCAGAUGGGAAAAAAAAGAUGUUGGUGAACUUUGAAGCUCUGUUCCGGAAGUUAUGUGCAGCUGCUUGGGCCAAAGGUGAACAUCCAAUGGACAUGUCUCUCAAAAAUACAAUGCCUCCAACGUGGUUUCACAACAGUGCUGAAGAUGCUUCAUUGAACCAGUGUGGAUCUCAUGGAAAAGUGGAUAUUGUAUCUUUGACCCCCUUGGUGAGAGAGUCAUUGGAUGUCAUCUCUGACAUGGAGCCAGAAGAAGAUAAUGGAGGUGAUACUGUGUCUCUUCAAGAAGUUACCGUAGCUGAAAGCGGAGAACCCAACACACAGCAAAGGGCCAUUCAGAUAUGGAUAAUGGGACAUUCCUUUAUUCACCGAGCAGCCAAUCGGGCAGCCAUGUCACCAGGUGGACAGCAGCUAGGUUUCUCAAAAGACUUCAUAUGUAUCAGGUGGCUUGGACUUAGGGGAAUGAGCUGGACAGAUCUUGCUUUUGCUAUUCGUCUGGCUCAGAGUCUCUGGGGCAGGCCGGAUAUCUUGGUCCUUCACUUGGGGGGGAAUGAUUUUGGCCGUAUGCCCGUUGCUGAUCUUAUUGCUAUGAUGGUUUCAGACCUGCAUUGUGUGCAUUCCAUCUUUUGCGGGGUCAGAAUAGCGUGGUCUAAGGCAAUCUCAUGCCGAUCAUGGCCAUUUAUAGACUCAAAACCUGGUUAUCGAACAAGGCGUAAAGUGAACAGUGAAUUAAGCAAAGCCGUGAUCUCAUUGGGUGGCUUUGUAGUGGAACAUGGCAACAUUCAGGCAAGCUUAACUGAUCUGUAUAGCAGUGAUGGGUGUAGCCUCUCUGAUAAUGGCUUAGAUCUGUUCUUAGGAAACAUCAAAUCUGCUUUGGAAUCUAAUUUAAAGAGCAGUUAAAGGGCCGUUCUAAUGCACAAAAAAUACUCUAAUCCAUUAGAGCAUUUUACUUUUUGUUCUUAUUUGUGCACCUGUGUUUAACUUCUAAAGGUCCUUGGAAGUCAUGCAGCUCCUGUUCAGGAUAUGGCUGAUAAUUGGGGACUACAUAAGUAUGCCACUUCUGAUUGUCUUACAGACCGUUUCCUGCUCAGGAGUGGGUCCUUUGCUAUGUGUUUAACAUUUUAUGGUGGGUUAAACACAUAAGGGCGAGCAUGAAGGAUAAAUAACAUCUUCGAGAAUUUUAUGUUUGCACCAGUAUGUCUCUUUAAAGGGACAUGAAUCCUACAUGAUUCAGACAGAGCAUGCAAUUUUAAGCAACUUUCCAGUUUAUUUUUAUCAUCUUAUUUGCUUAGUUCUCUUGGUUUUCUUUGUUGGAAAGCAUAACUAAGUAGGUCCAGGAGCUGGGAUCUAUCUGCUGAUCGGUGGCUGCACAUGUAUGCCUCUUGUCAUUGGCUUUCCGAUGUGUUCAGCUAGGUCCCAGUAGUGCAUUGCUGCUACUUUAACAAAGGAUACCAAGAGAAUGAGGUAUAAUUGAUAAUAGAUGUAAAUUUGAAAGUAGUUAAAAAAAUGUAUGCACUAUUUUUAAUGGCGGAAGAAACAUUUUGGGUUUCAUGGUUGACAGUAAUAAUUAAGUAUACGAGUCCCAUAUUUUUUGGAGACCAUUGUCCUUACGUUGGUUAAUGGUUAGAAAUAAAGCUUCCUGUGAAACUUCUUUUAAA